AGCGAUCUUGUCGGCGAAGCGCGGACUCACAAUAUCGGAUGUACGACAAACGAUCACAACUUGAGGGACGGGUCUUGGAACAUUGUCACAACCCCACAACAAACCGACUGUAAUUUCAUUAGUUUUGUGUUCUUUGACGCUGUUCUUCGGCGGGUAUUCUUUGGCGGUGUUCUUUGACGGUGUUUUUGAAGGCCCUAUAAGUGUACGAUAAAGCCUGUCUGUUUGUAUGACGUCACUCGUUGUUCAGUCUGUGACAAAAGACUGUCAUCCCUGGACGGGAACGGCGCAAAAUGGCGCGAGAGAAAAUGUGUGGUAGCAUGAAACGAUAGAAAAUAAUACACAUACAUAUUACAUAGCUUGACUUUUCUGAUUGCCACAAACUGGAGAGAGACUUCAGCGCCAUGACAGGCUCAGGCCCGGACCAGGUCGGGACAGGAUGGAUGAGUCCCGGAAGUGACCAAAUCACGUGGUACCCCGUGCCCCGCCCCCUGCAGGAACCGUGCCACCCGUUUGCGUGUGUAGCCCCUCCCCCUCGCCUGGCACAGCGCCCCCUGAACAGAGGCCAUGGUGCACCAAGCGCCCCCGGGCCGAGACGUGCUGGAAGUACGGGUGUGUAGCUUGUCCUUCCAAAGACACAAGGCCGCCUACCUCGUCUGCCAGAAGCGACAGCGCAUCACUUUCGCCGAAACAGACGACAAGAUGGCGGACAGCAGCGCUGAGCGACAACCGCUCCCCAUGGUGGAGUUGCGCCCCUUCUCUAAGAAAGUGUGGCGGCGGGAGAAAAGCCUGCCAGACUUCUACGAUAAAGCUCAGCUGCAAGACGAAACAAAGACAAGCAGCUCCAAGGAGCAGACUGUGGAUUUAUCCUCUUCCACGGGCAAACUUCUUAGAGAAAUUGAGGAGAAUAGACGGCUCACGGAAUCGCGGCACAACACAGUGGUGAAUUCUUUGUCCAAAACUCGGAGUCACCCUAAAGCCGAGUUUUUUCACGAGUCGAGUAAAGGCCUCAAGUCGAACGAGCUCAUCCCAAGCUUCGUAACCCGGAUGGAGCGUACGAGGACAACUUUCGACGCCCUCCACAAGGAGCCUGUACCCAUGAGCAAGUACUCACUCCAGGCAGACCCGCCGGAAGGCGAGGAGAGCUCGGAGAUGUUCACUAGCCCCGCCAUCAAGGUAAAGGGCGGACGGAUGAACCAGCGAAUCUACAGACGCCAUCUCCUGUACUUGAACCCCCUGGAUUCGUACCGGCAACCUCACUCGUGGAACUCCUCGCUGGUGGGGGGAGAGCUUGCCAGACAAACAUCCAUGGUAAGUAAAGGCACCCUUGGUAGGAACAGCUACCCUAUGUGCUCGAACAAGGCCAGAGAACUUGUAUUGUCCGGGGCGAGUCACAUGAACUACCCGCUCAAGCCGAUCCGGACCGAGAUGUCUCAGUGUCACAGUCCGCACAAGUUCAACAGCAAGCUGGGCGCCGCCAAAAACUCGCUCAACAUCCUCAGCAAGUGGGGGGUGCCCACCAAACUGGAGAAAAAUCUGGAGAAGGAAUUCGAGAUGAAUCUAGAACGAUUUCGUCGAGAACGUUUGCUGCUGCCAACCGACCUGAAGAGUUUGUCUGGUCACUACAUGACGGUUGACAACAACCCCACGCGAGGAGAGAUGUGUCUCCGGCAAGCCCGCGAGGCAAAUAGGGCAAAAGCCAAGCGCGCGGCCGUGGGUCAGAGAAAGGUCGGCGUGGACGGACGAGACUCGGGCAUAGCCAGCGAGGGUGGGGCGGCAGGGAGCCCGAGGGCCGGAGAGUUUGUGAAUGUUUUGCUGCACCCCAUAGAGAGCACGUUGGCCGAGGAAUCGGAGAGUCAUGUGAACACCGACCCUGGCGAUAACGACCAGGAAGAGAGGGAGGAGGGAGAAGAUGGAGAGGAAGUGGGGGGAUCAACAGUUAAAACAUCACGUCCCGGGCUAUCCGGCCAUCCCAUUACGUCCACAGGCAGAGACGGAAAACAAACCUCAUCGCGCUCACAAGACAGUUUUGGGAAUAGCGCCGGCGGGUUUGGGUUGAAAGUCUUGCAAGACGAGUCGUUCCGAGGGUCAGAUCGGGACGUGUAUAUGAGUGACCUCCCAGGCUCAGAACGUGUGACUCGCACUACGACAGAAGGUCAAGGCCGGGGUGGCGAGGGGCGGAGCAGGUCAGCCGGCGCACGCAGGGCGCACGAGGAGGUGGAGCUCAGUUUUAACACCAGCACAGACCGGACGGACACCGGCCGGAGAGUGACGACACCUGAUGACGAGGAGUCUGUGAGUCCGGCGGCGCGGGCGAAGACAAACCUGGAGUACCUGCACAACCUGCGCCGCACCGGCGGCUUGCCCCUCGUGACGACGUCACGACAGUCUGUGGACGCCAGCGGCCCCGCGACACUCACUGAGCGCGCUCGCAAACGAUCCGACAUCGGGGAAUUGGCGGCAAAACAAGUGUACGCUGACAAAAAUAACAACAACAACCACAACAACAUUAACAACAACAACAACAACAACAACAACAACAACAACAACAACAACAACAACAACAACAACAAUAUCGCUACUGUUUCAGGGACAAUGGAUUCCUCUUACAAAGACAGCACUGCUCAUCCCAGAAGCGAAAAUCUGUGUGCAGCUAGUGCUGGGGAAGAGACUGGUGUCGUGCCUGUAGCCCAUGCCAGUGCUUCUGUUCAUGGGGUGGGUUCCAACCCAGCGGUGCUCGUCCCUGUCGCGAGUUCAGCAGGCCUGGGAGAUUCUAAGACUUCCGGUGUAGCUGAGGCUAACAGAAGUGUGGUAGCAACAUCAGACAACAGAGUUUUCUCUCAGGCGGGUUCUGCGGAAAACGGAGGCUGCCACGAGCCAGAGGCUGACGUAGUGGGGUCUUCAGUAGAUGGGCAUACAACAACAAAAGCUUCUCCGGACGCCCCUGUAAAUAUCACGCCAUCUCGCGGAGAUGGUUCUCUGGCUGUCAAUCAAAAUGGACUGCCAGAGACAAGAGAUAUAACCCCCUCUGGUCAUGCCACCAAACACUCGGCCAGUGUUACCAAUUCUGGGUCAAGGUCACCGCACAAUCACAUACCUGAGGUUGCACACCCCGUCACUUCUGAUGUGGACCGGCCUAGUUCUGAGUCCGUCCCGCCCCACGACGAAGAAGCCAGUCUAGCAGACGACAGCGGCCACGAGGCCACCCCUCGGGACUUCCUCAAACAUGGCGGCAACUCCGCAACUCUCGUGAAUGGAGGCGCGCCGGUUGAAGACGUCACAGCUACUAGUAUUUCUGGGAAGGCCUCCGUCGUUACGUGGAAUCAGAUGAAGGGAAAACCCGGAGCAUACGUCAACGGCCUAGACUCCGCCCACCGAGCAGAGGAGGAGCCUGUCACUCUAGCCACGCCCCUUGACAGCACGCUGCUCGACAGCAGCGCCAUCACAGAGCUCCUGUCUGACGGAGAAGGCGGGGAUGGCGGGGCUCUGUCAGCCAGCGCGGACAACGGAGACAGCGGAGUGUCCACCACCUUCCUCACUGCAGACGACUCAAGGCCUGAGCUGCUAGACGGGCUCUUAUUCUAGGGCCAACAAUAAUAAUAUUAUUAUAACAAUAGACAAGUCGCUACCCUUGAAUUACACAAUCUGUCUGCUCAGUUGGUUACCUAGUUUUGAUAAAUUUGACGUUUGAAACUUUGAGUUUCCCAACAUGUCCAUCUUUUUUUUCAAAUGCAAAUCUUUGAAUAUCUUGGUAACGACUCUGAAUAAUCUUACGAUUUCUGUAGAGUGGCUAGAAAAUUUAGUGUCUGGUACCAUUGUCUUAGCGACUCAAAACGACCAGAAAUGUCUGAUAAAACUUUGUAAUACUAAUUCUAAGGUAGCAAAGUGUAUGCUCUCUGAACUCUGAGUGGGCGGUUGGUGGCUGCUGUUAUGCGGUCUGCUCCUUCUUUCAUAUCAAACGUCUAUAUUCCUCAUCUCUCCUCCUUUUUUUCUAUGCAUGUUACUCUUUAAAACACCUCUGAUUUUCGGCACUUAUAUGGCUUAUUUGUGUUGCAAGUGCCAUAAAACUCUUACUGAAACUAAACUAUACGCCCAAAAACCUUCACUGCAAGAGGGACCCUUGUUUUAGAACAAAUAAUUGUGGACUUGUCAAUGGCAUGGCCGUUCAUAGACCUGAAAUAUCCUAGACCAGCCACUGCCACGGUCGCCCAUAGACUUGAAUAGACUGGGUACUGUCAUAGCCGCCAUUUUUUUCUCUUCUUAAUGAGGAAAACUUCACUUUGCUGGUGUGCGUGCAGUGUGCACCGUGGGCAUGGAAGUGAAGUACGAAACACAGAUCUCGCUUUAGCCGAGUGAGAGUGCAACGUUUCACUCCUUGCUCAGCAAUGUGGUUCCUAAUAAAAGCCAAAUGAUGCGCUCCGUGGCGAACUGGAAUUAAUUGGUCAGGAGUGCCCAGUCAAUGAUAUUAUAAUCAGAGGCGAAGCGUCUAUAUAAUCAAAUAAUCAAUGCUUCCCUUCCCAAUUUUGAAACAUUGUCGCAGUA